AUGCCUGGCAUCGAUCCCCAGAUCAUCUGCCAUCGCCUACACGUCAACCCAGCCAUCAAGCCUGUAGCGCAGAAGAGACGCAACUUCGCCCCCGAGCGAGUCGCCAUCAUUGAAGCUGAGAUCGACAAGCUUCUAGUUGCCGGUUUCAUUGAAGAAGUCUCAUACGCAGAAUGGCUGGCGAACGUUGUUCUAGUAGCAAAAAAGAUAAAGGCCUGUGGAGAGUGUGCGUCGACUAUACUGACCUCAACAAGGCAUGUCCUAAAGAUAACUUUCCACUGCCGAGAAUUGACCAGCUCGUCGAUUCAACUUCCGGCAAUCAACUGCUAA